AUGGUGUACACUACCAGACAAAUUGGUGCUAAAAACACUUUAGACUACAAAGUCUUCAUUGAAGAAAACGGCAAGCCCGUGUCUUCCUUUCACGACAUUCCCUUGUACGCUGAUGAAGCUAAUCAGAUCUUUAACAUGGUGGUUGAAAUUCCCCGCUGGACCAACGCUAAGCUAGAAAUUAGCAAGGAGGAAAGGUUGAACCCAAUCAUUCAAGACACCAAGAAGGGUAAGCUAAGAUACGUCAGAAACUGCUUCCCUCAUCAUGGUUACAUUCACAAUUAUGGUGCCUUCCCUCAAACCUGGGAAGAUCCUAGCUCUGUGCAUCCGGAGACAAAGGCCGCAGGUGACAAUGAUCCUUUGGAUGUUUUGGAGAUUGGUGAAACCAUUGGCUACACCGGUCAGGUCAAGCAAGUUAAGGUUCUCGGUGUCAUGGCAUUGUUGGACGAAGGGGAAACCGACUGGAAGGUCAUUGUCAUUGAUGUCAACGACCCCUUGGCAGCAAAAUUGAACGACAUUGAGGACGUUGAAAAGUACUUUCCAGGAUUGUUGAGAGCUACCAACGAAUGGUUUAGAAUCUACAAAAUUCCAGAUGGUAAACCAGAAAACCAAUUUGCUUUUUCCGGUGAAGCCAAGAACAAGAAAUACGCUUUGGACGUUAUUAGAGAAUGUAGCGAAGCCUGGAAGGACCUUGUUCAAGGAAAGGCAGCUGAUGCCAAGGACAUUGAACUAACUAAUACCACUUUAACUGGUACCUCCCUUUUUGCCCCUUCUGCUGCUGAUGCCAUUGCUCCCAAUGAAGCUAAAGAGGAUGCUCCAGUCGACAAAUCCGUUGAUAAAUGGUUUUUCAUUUCAGGUUCUGCCUAA